GCCUUGACGUAUUCUUUGUUAUUUACGUCACGCGGUGCGAUUGUAGUCAACGUGUUAUAUCGACCGACCUGUAGCAUUUGACAGGUGGCUAAGUAGAACUUGACGCAGCUAAGUAGAAUUUGACGUGUAGCUUUACCCAUAUUAUCUUUCGAAAAUGUGGGAAAAAUGUGUGCUGAUAUGUUGUUUUACUAUUUUCUUCAAGUUUAUGUCUUGUUAUGCCGAUAAGUACUCUCUUCUUAUGCCCAAUGUAAAGCCAAACACGCCUGAACUGUAUUUGUGUACUCCAGUCAAGAUAGACCCUACAAGAAAUUACUAUAUAAUUGGUUUUGAACCAAAUGCAACAAUGGGAACAACCCAUCAUAUGCUUAUCUACGGUUGCAAAAAGCCAGGAAGCUCAAUGCCUGUUUGGAAUUGUGGAGAAAUGGCACAAUCUAUAAACAAGCAUAACACUGCACCUCCUUGUAGCCAAGGAUCUCAAAUCAUCUAUGCAUGGGCAAGGGAUGCUCCAAGAUUGGAUUUGCCAGAAGGAGUAGGCUUUAAAGUAGGUGGUGACUCUCCCAUACAGUACCUGGUCUUGCAGGUACACUACGCACAUAUUGAUCACUUUAAAGAUGGCAGUACAGACGACUCUGGCGUAUUUCUGCAUUACACGACUCAUCCAUUGAACAAGCUCGCUGGUGUAAUCUUAUUAGGGACAGGUGGUAUUAUACCAGCCAGAAAAAUAGAACAUAUGGAAUCGUCGUGUGUCAUAAAAGAAAACAAAACUAUUUAUCCAUUUGCUUAUAGAACACAUACUCAUUCAUUGGGUAAAGUAGUAUCAGGUUACGUAAUAAAGCCAAACAAUAAAUGGAUCGAAAUCGGUAAGAGAGAUCCUUUAACGCCUCAGAUGUUUUAUCCGGUAACUAAUAAAGUUCCAAUCACGUACGGAGACAUAUUGGCAUCUCGUUGCACGAUGAAAAAUACGCGCGAUAGAGUAACCUUUAUAGGUGAAACGAAUCAGGAUGAGAUGUGUAAUAUGUACAUUAUGUAUUACGUCGAGAACGACACUCCGCUCGAGCGAAAAUACUGCUUUACUGCAGGACCGCCUAGUUACUAUUGGAAGGGCAGAUUAAAUAAUAUUCCUGAUAAAGAGGCAUCCAGUAUAUAACGUAUCAAAUUAUGUCGUUCAAUACAAUGAUGAAUCAGUUUUAUAUUAUUACGAAUUGAGCAAAUCUAAUCUGAAUCUAAUUUUGCUGACUUGUAAAUGCAUUUUAAUUCAACAAGACAUAGAUAUCAAGCCGUCCUAAUAAUUUACGAUUGAUUUUUGAAAUAGUGAGUCGAUUAUUUGUUGCUUUUAAUGCAAUAUGAUUUUUUUUCUUAUUUAUUUCGUUUUUAAUUGAGCAGGAUGUAACUACUAUUUAUCUAUCAGAUACGCGGGUCGUCUCAAAUUAAUUCUUAAAUUAUAUUCGUAGUCAUAGUUGAGGGUUUCGCGAAUCGUGUCGUACUUAUUUCAUAUAAUCUUUAAGAGACUUAUUGUCAAUUCAUGAAAAGAUUGGACAUCCAUGUUUAUCAAUUGUUAUAAAUGUAAUGCACAAUUGUUUGAAUUACUGUUAUGGUUUGUAUUAUAACCUGCAGUGAUGGACCGUGUAUAUUAACAACAUGGUAUUACCGCGAUAUUAAGUACACAAUAUUCAAAAUUGUCUACAAUCGCUACUUUUUUGGCAGUCAAUUGUCUUGCUGUCUAUCUAAACAAAGAUUGUUAUGAUUCUUAAUGUACUUAGUUGCAAAAAUGAAAAAUUAUUAUUUCAUCGCAAAAUUCAAUCUCAACAAUUUAAUCUCACAAUUUGCGUGAUUUAUUCUCAAAUAUUCUUAUAUAUUAUUUUUGCUAAUGAGAAUCUUUAGACAUGUUUAGACACAGUAAUCUUUAGACACAAUAAUCAGAACGCCAUGCGGAUGUGAUAACGCUAAACUUAGGCCUAGGAUUUUAUUUCGUAUUUAUUGUUUAUAUACGUUAGAGAAAAUCGCCAUUGAAAAUUACAUGUUAUGCAUUUAAAUAAUCUCCAGUCAAUAAUAUACAGAAGAGGCGUUGCGCUUCAAAAUAAUUUAUUUUAUAAAUAUAU